AUGAUUAACGCAGUCCUCGUGUUCAACAAUAAUGGCCAGCCCCGACUGACCAAGUUCUACACACAGCUGGACACGCAAACCCAGCAAUCCCUCAUCGCGCAGAUAUACCGUCUGGUUGCACAACGACCCCCAAGCGCAUGUAACUUCCUGCCCCUCCCACCCCUCCUCUCCCAAGGCGCCAGCUCCUCGGCCACCGGCCCCUCCGACACCCCCACCCAAAUCACCUAUCGUACCUACGCAACGCUAUCAUUCAUUAUGAUCUCUACAUCCACCGAGUCUCCGCUUGCUCUAAUCGAUCUGAUCCAAGUCUUUGUUGAGAGUCUGGACCGCAUGUUCGAGAACGUCUGUGAGCUGGAUCUUAUCUUCGGAUAUGAGACGCUACACGCGGUGCUAGGUGAGAUGAUUGUUGGUGGUGUCGUUGUUGAGACGAACACCGAAAGGAUUGUCGCUGGUGUACGUGCCCAGGAAGGCUCGCUGGGCAAGAAAAAGGCCGUCCAGGCUGCUAGUGCCAGUCUAGGUCGUGGGGCGCUGCCUGGGUUGGGAGCAUGGCGAUGA